AUGAAGGUACACUUGUUUGGAGCAGCAUCAUCUCCAGGGUGUGCAAAUUAUGGCAUGAAGUAUCUAGCUAACCAGAAUAAGAUAGAGUUUCCCCUAGCAGCAAGUUUCUUACAGGGUGACUUUUAUGUUGAUGAUGGGCUUAUCAGUACAGAAUCAACAGAUGAUGCAAUUAAAUUAGUGAAGGAGGUACAAACCGUGUGUUCUAAAGGAGGACUACAUCUUCACAAGUUUAUUUCAAACAGCAGAGAAGUAAUGAAAGCCAUACCCAUGAGUGAAAGAGCCAGUGGAAUUAAGAAUGUUGAUUUGAGUCAUGACAGUCUACCAAUAGAGAGAGUACUUGGGAUCCAGUGGGGCGUAGAAUCAGAUACGUUCAAGUUUCACAUACAGGCUAAAGAUCAACCUCCCACACGACGUGGAAUUCUUUCUACAGUAGCUUCAAUUUACAAUCCACUGGGAUUUCUCGCUCCAUUCAUCCUCAUUGGCAAACGAAUUCUUCAAGAAAUGUGUAGGAAAAACAUAGGUUGGGAUGAACCGCUAUCUGAUAAUUUACGGCCAAUAAGGGAUAGGUGGAAAGCUGAUUUUGAGAAUUUAAAAGCAGUUCAAGUACCAAGGAGCUACAAACCACAUGACUUUGGCAAGAUCCUGAGCACUGAGCUGCAUCACUUCUCGGAUGCCAGCACCUGUGGUUAUGGUCAAUGUUCCUACCUUCGACUUGUUGGUGAGAAUCGAGUACACUGUACUUUGAUUGUUGGAAAGACCAGAGUUGCCCCAAUUAAAGUAGUUACCAUCCCACGUCUAGAGUUGACUGCUGCAAUAGUGUCUGCAAACAUGAGCCAUAGACUGAAGGAAGAAUUAAAUGUCAAUAUUGAUGGAGAGUACUUCUGGACAGACUCUCAGGUUGUUUUAGGAUAUAUCGCAAAUGAAGCCAGAAGGUUCCACGUAUUUAUAGCAAAUAAAAUCCAAAGUAUCAGGCAUUUGUCUAACUGCAGUCAAUGGUAUUAUGUUUCAUCUAGAGAAAAUCCUGCUGAUCACACCUCUAGGGGAGUUUUCGCUUCUGAGCUGCUUGACUCAAACUGGUUUCAGGGACCAAAGUUUCUGUGGGAAAGAGAGUUGGAAAUAGUGGAAGAAUCAACCUAUGAAUUGAAUGUUGGAGAUCCUGAAGUGAGAAAUGUGACAACUUUCUCAGCUGUGACACAAGAAGAACCAUUCAACUUGGAGACUUGCAUGUCCCGUUUCUCUAAAUGGUCCGGAGCUGUCGGGGCAUUGGCACGCAUUAAAAGAGUUUUAAGAGAUAGAAAGGAAUGA